GAUUACCAGCACUUUUAAAGAGAAUACACACACUGAUGAGAAGCAGAGCAGUUUCAUUUCUUAAAAUGACUAAUGCGCACCACAUGGCCAUGCACUUUUUCAUCCUCGCUGCUCUGCUGUACAUGGGAAACAGUGUGUCAUCUGAAGUUAAAGACUCUUUGCGCUCAGAGGUCUUUCUGAAACAGUUGGAGGAGACAAAGGCUCAGCACAACGUGUCCAGGAAACCGAGACUCCAACCCAAAGAGAGCAAACCUCCAGUAGAAACCUACACGCUGAAGAAGGAUGAUCGAGUGUGUGUGAUGGCCAGUCUCGGUGUGGAAUUUGUCGUAAAAGAAGACAAGAAGACAUUGUACUACAACAUGGACCCCAAAGCCACGAGUGUAACCGGAUUCUGCUCUGAUCAGGCAGCUAACCUCUUACUCAGAUUUGAUGGAGGGAAUCUGGAAUUUACAUUUACCAAGAGCGGUGAUCAGUCAUAUGUAAGCACGCUGAGAGCGCUGCUGGAGCCUGAGCCCUACUGUAAACAAUGCAAGAGUAAAAGCUACCCGGGCAUUUUGGACCAUGAUAAACUCUUUAAGACCACCAAGGGCAAGAGCUUCAAGUGCCAGUCAAAGACUCAACUAUAUCUGUCUGAAGACCUGACGAUUAAAUUAAUGUCUCUGCAGGUUCAGGCUUUUGACAUGCCCAGUGGCACUUUUGGAGCAGAGACAGAGUGUUGGCAGGACUACAUGAAGAGGAUCGUGCCCAUUGUGGUGGGUGCUGUAAUUGCAGGAAUCAUCCUUACUGCAGUUCUGGUCUUUGUGCUCAGGCGUGAACGACGUAGUCAAGGCUAUGAACAAAUCUGAAUUCAUCACAGAAACAUCACUGUGUUACACCCUAAAGCUAUCAAAAAUCCAAAACCAGCCUGUUAGAUUUUUUCCAUCUAUCAGAAAACUAAAUGUGUUUUUAUACCUUGACUGUUGGCAGUGUGUGAAUAACAAAUAUGUAUUGAUAUAGAUAGAUGUACGCCUCAUUCGUGUUUACUUUUAGAUGUAUAAAUUAUUUUAUUGAAAAAUGUUUUAUUUUUUUAUUGAAAAAAUAUUUCUAGUAAUAAAAUAGCAAGGAUUA